AUGUGCUACCGCUGGAUACACCAGAUGCUUAGUCUUAAAACCUCUUCUGGAGGGUUGCAGCCUUUGCCAUUUUGGGGCGAUCCACCCCUCCCUGAGGACCCACCAGCGCCAGCGAGCUUCGUGGCUCUCCGGGAAUGGUGCUCUGACGACGAGACACUAACGGAGGUGUCACUGGCACCGGUGUCACCGUCCGUACCGGCGACCGUGUGCCCGCCCGAGCAGGAGCCAGCGUCCCACAAGCUGCCCUCUCCUGAGCAGCGGGUACUCGCCCUCUCCCUCAAGUACCCGCCCGAACUGGUGCCCAUUGAUGUGUCUGGCACGGGCUUCAAGAGACUGGAGAAGUUCCGCCAGAGUCUAGUCCACUUUGAGUACUACAAGGGUAAGAGACGUCGCAAGAGAGUCAAGAGACGGAACACUAUAGCGGACACUCGUGAUGCCCGUAUAGCUUUGGCAGACAGAGAGGCUUCCACGUUGUCGGGUCGUGGAAGGUCAUCCCCUCGUUCAGGGUCACCAAGUUCCCGUGGAGGAGUGUCUUUCACGGACAGAUCCUUCGACACCACCGAGACAUUGGAGACGACCUCUAACACUACCAAGACCAGCUCCGACAGAGAGGUAGGGCCGGGGGCUGAAGUGUGUCACUCGCACCUCAGUGGAUCAUACCAUUGACUUAUUGCUCCUGAA